AAUAUAAACCUAAAAAAACUGUAAAAAUCUCACAAAAUCACGCGCUAACUUCAAAAAGAGAGUCCCAAGUCCCAACGUUCUAUAUCUUCGCUCACGCAGUUCCGAAUUCAUUUCCGAUCCACUUUCAUUUCACUCUCCCAAGAAUAAACACCACAAAUAUGGCUUCUCUCUCACGCGCCACUCUACGCGCCUCCACUCCUCUCCCUCCCGACCACCAUAAACGCGCGCUCAUUGCCGCGCCAAAAUCAGUUUACCAAAGGAUUUUUAGGAGGAGCAGGACGAGCUUGACGGUUGUUAGAGCCGUUGAUGGCGACAAUUCGUACCUCGGUAUGUGGAGGAAAGCUGUGGAGAGGGAAAAGAAGGAAGCCGAGUUUCAAAAGCUCACUCAAAAUUUGGCUAAGACUGACGAUGAUAGCGGCGGCGGGAAUGGCGAGAAGAAAGAGGUUAUAGAGAAGAAGAGCAAGGAGUUCCAGAAGAUUCUGGAAACUCCGAAGGAAGAAAGGGAUCAGAUUCAGAGAAUGCAAGUAAUUGAUCGUGCCGCGGCGGCGAUUGCGGCAGCUCGCUCUCUUAUCGGGAACAAGGAUUCUUCGAGAAAGGAUGAUUCCAACAACAAAAAUCGCAACUCAAUUAGAGUUCAAGAAGAUGGAAAGCAGGAUGGGAGCAUUUUUGUUACUCGACCUGAAAAUUCAGGAAAUGGGACACCUGGUCCAGAUUUUUGGUCCUGGACACCUCCUUCAAGUAAUGAUCAAAUUUCAGAUGAAGUGGAUGUGUUGCAGGCUGCUAGACAAACUUCGGAGUAUCCAAUUUCUAGCAAUCCAGUUCUAGAGAAAGAGCGGUCCGUUGGCAUUCUCUCUAUUCCUUUUGAGAGUAAAGCUUACGAGACCACCCGCAAUCUUCCACCGUUUCAGUCACUUCUAGAAGUUGAUAAAACAAAAGCAUCUGAGGUUGAUGUAGACGAGAUUUCUGUAAAAGAGGAACGUGACCUUGAAGUUGAAUUUUCUGCGCAUGCUGCAGAAGCAGCUGAUGCCCUUCAUAAGGCCAAAGAAUUAUCAUCUCAAGGAGUCAAUCAAGAUGGAACAAGAUGGUGGAUUGAAACGGGAAUCGAGCAAAGGCCUGAUGGUGUGAUUUGCAGGUGGACAAUGAUCAGGGGUGUUAGUGCUGACCAAGCUGUUGAAUGGCAAGAAAAGUACUGGGAGGCUUCUGAUGAGUUCGACUACAAGGAACUAGGUUCUGAGAAAUCAGGACGUGAUGUUUUCGGGAAUGUUUGGAGUGAAAGGUGGAGAGAAUCAAUGUUGCAGGAUAGUGGGCUUGCACAUCUUGAAAAAACUGCUGAUAAGUGGGGAAAGAAUGCUAAUGGCGAGGAGUGGCAAGAAAAAUGGUGGGAACAUUAUGAUGCAUCCGGAAAAUCUGAGAAAUGGGCUGACAAGUGGUGCAGCAUUGACCCAAACACGCCCCUUGAGGCUGGUCAUGCUCAUGUCUGGCAUGAAAGGUGGGGUGAACAAUACGAUGGAUAUGGUGGCAGUGUGAAAUACACCGAUAAGUGGGCGGAACGCUGCGAAGGUGAUGGUUGGUCAAAAUGGGGUGACAAGUGGGACGAACAUUUUGACAACAAUGGGCGUGGUGUAAAGCAAGGAGAAACAUGGUGGCAAGGAAAGCAUGGAGAUCAAUGGAAUCGCACAUGGGGUGAGGAACACAACGGCUCGGGAUGGGUUCACAAAUAUGGAAAGAGUAGCAGUGGGGAGCAUUGGGACACACACGUGGAACAAGAGACCUGGUACGAGAGAUUCCCACACUAUGGUUUUUAUCACUGCUUUGACAAUUCCGUGCAGCUACGAGAGGUUAAGAAGCCAUCAGAGAUGUCCGAAUAAUAAACAAUUUUCCAUACCAAGGUAAAAUUUAUUUAAUAAGUAGUCAUAGUUCCUUAUGCAGAAACUACUAUUUAAAAGAAAAAUAAGCUUGCUGAAGUUUGUAUAUAGACUAGCAUCUUGAGUUGGACGCCGACUUUAAUCCAAUUGCUUCAUGUAGUUCAUGUAGUCACUAUUAAAAGGGUGUCAUCUAACAAGUUCGAGAUUCGAAUUUCGGUAUCCGCGACUCUUACUCUAUCCUAGUUCAUGAUUUGACUGUUGGAAGCCUCUAUUACUUACAUAUGGAAGUGAUUUUAUUUCUCUUUUCUUUCUUCCCAA